AGGGGCAGGAACUUGCCAGCAGGGCCUGGGCUCAAUGGGCCAUAGCAGCCCAAGCAGCAGAGAGGGGAGGGUGGGGCAGUGCCUGUGGAGCUGACCCUGGCACUCCAACCUUUGGCUGCGUGGACCUCAGCCCGUCCCAUCCGCCCCCUGCUCUCUGCCGACUUGACACAAACACUUCCCGUCUGUGGAUCUUCAGGCCCAGAAAUACCAGCCUGUCUGCCAGUUAGACACCAGCCAGGGUACCCCGGGAAGCCCAGCUGCACAUCAGCAGGUGCCGCCCCAUGCCAGCAUGUGCUCACUGCCCGUGCCCCGGGAGCCCCUGCGCCGCGUGGCGGUGGCCGGGGGCAAACACGGCAAUGAGAUGUCCGGCGUCUACCUGGUGCGGCACUGGCUGCUGGCCCCGGCAGAGCUGCAGAGACCCAGCUUCUCCGCAGUGCCGGUACUGGCCAACCCCGCAGCCACCACGGCCUGCCGCCGCUACGUGGACCGCGACCUCAACCGCACCUUCACCAGCACCUUCCUCAAUUCCAGGCCUACCCCGGAUGACCCAUACGAGGUGACGAGAGCCCGAGAGCUGAACCAGCUGCUGGGACCCAAGGCCUCGGGCCAGGCCUUUGACUUUGUCCUUGACCUGCACACCAGCACGGCCAACAUGGGCACCUGCUUCAUCGCAGAGUCCUCCCACGACGUCUUUGCCUUGCACCUGUGCCGCCAUCUGCAGCUGCAGUACCCCGAGCUGUCCUGCCAGGUCUUCCUGUACCAGCGGUCCGGGGAGGAGAGCUACAGUCUGGACUCCGUGGCCAAAAAUGGACUGGCUCUGGAGCUGGGCCCCCAGCCACAGGGUGUGCUGCGGGCUGACAUUUUCUCGAGGAUGAGGGCCCUGGUGGCCACAGUUCUGGACUUCAUCGAUCUCUUCAACCAGGGCACAGCCUUUCCCACCUUUGAGAUGGAAGCCUAUAGACCUGUAGGCAUCAUGGACUUCCCUCGCACAGAGGCUGGGAACCUGGCAGGCACCGUGCAUCCUCAGCUUCAGGUCAUCCAAGUAUCUCUCUCCGGGCCUUCCCUUCCUGAAGGUUCCAGGAUCGGGCAAUCCUGCUUCCACACCUGUCCCUUGCGUGGCUGACAAGAACCAACUGGCUGCUGCUCUGCUUGCUGCCACACGGGGUCGCUGUUGAAUAGGGUCUGGUGCAGUCUUGUGGCCUUUUGUGCCCUGAAGUUUCAUUUUGAGGGGUUACCUUCUUACAAAUAGGGGCAGCACCAUCCUGUCCAUGUUUAUGGCUAGAGAGUCUUAACCCAGCCAUGUUCAGCCAACUUGCAGAUGUUAAGCAAUAACAGUCAAUUUGGGUGGCUCCUCCUACAAUUUUAGAAUUUAUUUUAUUUAUUAUUAUUUUUUUCGAGAUGGAGUCUCACUUCAUCAUCUAGGCUGGAGUGCAAUGGUGUGAUCUCAACUCACUCUGACCUCUGCCUCCCAGGUUCAAGUGAUUCUCCUGCCUCAGCCUCCCCAUUAGCUGGGAUUACAGGCAUGUGCCAACACACCCAGCUAAUUUUUGUAUUUUUAAUAGAGACAGAGUUUCCUCCUGUCAGCCAGGCUGGUCUCAAACUCCUGACCUCAAGUGAUCUGCCUACUUUGGCCUCCCAAAAUGCUGAGAUUACAGGUGUGACCCACCAUGCUUGACCUUAAAAUUUAUUUAAUAAAGUAUCAUAUUGUA